GGAAAGAUAGACAUAUCAUUCAAUUAAACAGGUUUAUGAACAUCUGAAACAUUAUAUAUAAGCCCUGUUAAUCCAACCGAGUUGCAAAAUCACAAUCACCCCUCACAUUCUUUAAUAAGAUGAAGUUCAUCACUAUUGCUUCCUCAGUUGCUUUAGCCCUUGCUCUCGGUACAGAAUUAGCUGCUGCUGAAUGUAGCAAGAAAUACUAUCAAUGCGGUGGUAAGAACUGGAAGGGCCCUACAUGCUGUGAAUCUGGCUCUACCUGUGUUGACUUUCCUGAUAACCCAUGGUACUCUCAAUGUGUUCCUAAUGAAUACGUAUCCAACUACAAGUCUGCUACUACCGUAAAGCACACCACUACCACUGACGCUCCAAAGCACACAACCACUACCGAUACUCCUAAACAUACAACUACUACUGAUACUCCUAAGCACACAACUACCACUGAUACUCCUAAGCAUACUACCACUACUGAAGAACCCAAGCAUACCACUACCACUUCCAAGCCCCAGCCUUCUACUCCUUCUAAGUCUAGUGGCAGUGGAUACUCUCCCGUCUCUGGUGGUGCCUCCGGUAAUGGUAGAAGUACUCGCUACUGGGAUUGCUGUAAGGCCUCUUGCAGUUGGCCCGGUAAGGCUGAUGUAACUGCUCCUGUUGACACUUGUGCCAAAAACGGUGUCUCUAUUGUUGAUGACAAUACUCAAAGCGGUUGCAAUGGUGGCAGUGGCUACAUGUGUAACAACAAUCAACCUUGGGCUGUCAAUGACAAUCUCGCUUACGGCUUUGCUGCUGCUGCUAUCAACGGUGGUGGUGAAUCUCGUUGGUGCUGCUCUUGCUUCGAGCUCACCUUUACUUCUACCUCUAUUGCUGGCAAGAAGAUGGUUGUCCAAGUUACCAACACCGGUGGUGAUCUUGGUGGCGCUGAUGGACAUUUUGACUUGCAAUUACCCGGCGGUGGUGUCGGUAUCUUCAACGGUUGUGCUUCUCAAUGGGGUGCUCCUAACGAUGGAUGGGGUCAAAGAUACGGUGGUAUCUCUGAUGCAUCUCAAUGUUCUCAACUUCCUGCUGCCCUUCAAGCUGGUUGUAAGUUCAGAUUUGGCUGGUUCAAGAACGCUGAUAACCCAUCAGUCAGCUUCAAGGAAGUCACUUGUCCCAAGGAAAUCGUCCAAAGAACUGGUUGUCAGAGAAAGUAAAUGUAUAACUUCAUCCCUCUUUUCAUAUAUCUUUAAAAGCA